AUGUUACCAUCAUUCCAUAUGCUGAACCUGUAUUACAAAGAGCAGCUGAAAGAUAAACUUCAACACAAGGUAUUCUGAUGUGCAUUCUAAUUUAGACUAUCCAUGAAUAUGGUGAUUUCUCAAAAUUAAAACACCAAACAUUAUUAAUAGGUCUUAACUUGUAUUACCUUCAAAAAAAUUAAAUAUGGUUUUAUCAGUACCAUAGUGUGACCAUACCUUCUACCAGGGUAGUUCCAAUAACAGUUACUUUAAUUCAUGUACCAGUAUCAUUACAUAAUUCAAAUAAAAAUAAAUUAUCAUCUGCUAAACCACCUCCUCCAACUGCUCCUCCAAAUAUAAUCAUUAAAUUCAAUUCAAUAGGCAAUGCUUUAUGUGCUGCUCUAUUAGUUGGUACACUUCCACUUGCUUCAAUUCUCUUCCAUUUUCUUUAAAUACACUAAAAGGUGGUUAAGGAUUGUCAUCUCUAAAUGUUAUUGCUUCCAUUAUUAAUUUAAAUUAUAUAGAUAUAUAUUAAUUAGAACAUAGAAAAAAUAAAUAAGAAUAAAUGA